AUGUCCUUUGCGCCUGAGCCCGAGACGUCGCAGUCGCUGGCAUCGCCGGUCAUGGAUCUGGAGCGACGCUUGGAGCAGCUCCAGAAUUCCAUGGAGACCUUGCAAUCUUCCCAGUCUUGUCAAAGCAUCAUCCUGGAAGAGCUUCGUUCCCUGCUUUUGGAACUGAAGGCUUUGGGCUCCCCGCGAAAGAGAACGCCACCGUUUUUGAAGGAUCCUCUCGACGUGGCGCCGUCGGCACCUUCCGACGUGCCCAUUUUGAUGUCGAUCCCCGGGCAGAACGAGGAGGGCGCUGCGGCCUCGAACCCGGAGCCGCCGCGCAGCCCCUCAGUCCGGCCGGCCAAGAAACAUGCCGUGUCGACCUUGGCCAAGGUCUCCGAGGAGCUCUCAGAGAUUAUGCGCAACUCGCAGCGCUCGCAGCACUCACAACAUUCCAACCCAGUGCCUCGCAAGGAGGCGCAGCUCAACGAGGCACAGCUCAGCGUGCCGAGCCCCGAGCGCAACCUUGCGAGCAGCGAGGACACGGCGCGUGUGAGACUGAGAGCGCGGAAAGGCCAUGCUGCGUCCUUGUUGGAACUGGUGCUGCCAUCCGGGCCUAGCCUGGUGGACCCUGCCGCAGCAGCCUCCAUGGAAGACCUGGAAGGGUACACGGCGCGCGGAACCGGUG